AUGGAACUAGCAAUAGAUGAAACUGUUAAUAAAACUAACUGCAAAUACACUUCAUCAAUUCGUUAUAAUGAAUUACUUGAAAGUAAUAAAAAAGAAGUUUUACUUCCCAAAGAUAUAGUUAAAAAACUCUACAAUUAUAUUGUUACAGCUGGACAAGAUGAAUAUUUAGAAAAUAAAUUAAUGGGAAUCGAUUUUGAAUACAAUAUUACAUUGGAUGAUUUUAGAGAUAUAAAUGAUACAUCUAAAGAAAUAUCUAAAAAGAUCGCUGAUUUAAUUGGCAAUAAUGAUGGAUAUUAUUAUAUUUACUUUAAUGUUUAUCAAUCUAAAAAAAAGGAUUUUGGUGAAACUCUUCGAAUUAGUAUUAAUACAACAAAAAAUCAUGUAUUUAUUCAUCUCAAGCAUGGAAUUCUUCAUCAACGACCUGAACAAAAACAUAUUACAGAAGAAAUUAAAAGUAAAAUUAAGGAAAACCUUAAUUUAACUUCAAGUGAUAUAUAUA